AUGUUGCAUCCGUAUUUGAGCUUUGAAAGGGCAGCUGAAACAGAAGAUGCUCUCGUGGCGCUGUCCUUCAGCGGAGCCAUCGGGCUGACGUUCCUGAUGCUGGGCUGCGCCCUGGAGUACUACGGUGUAUAUUGGCCUCUGUUUGUCUUAAUAUUUUACUUCAUCUGCCCCAUUCCCCACUUCAUUGCAAAAAGAGUAAGUGAUGACAGUGAUGCAGCCAGCAGUGCCUGCAGGGAAUUGGCGUAUUUCUUCACAACUGGAAUUGUUGUUUCUGCUUUUGGAUUUCCUAUAAUCCUUGCACGGGUUGAAGCGGAUGCUGAAAACUUGCUGACUGGAGUGCAUUAUGAGUUAAAAGAUAAAAGGCCAAACUUCCAGAGCUACCCUUCUGGUUUUCAUGCUUUGUCCCCUUAAAAUCUGAGGAAAUUCUGCUAGCUUCUUUUCUCUUUGCUCUCUGAACUGCUCUUCAGUGGUGAGACUUUUGUCACAUUUGUUUUGCAAGGCAAGAACUCUUUCAUCCUGUCUCCCAAACUACCCAGUGACGUUUUUCUGUGUUGCAUUGGUUUUCCCCUUCAGUCUUUCGGUUUUGCUUAAAACCUGAGUGCUUGGUUUUAAUUUAUUUGUAAUGCACAAUUUCCCUGACGCUGCAUUUUUGGUUUUGUGGACCUGAAACUAGGCAGACGCAGAAGUGACCACGAGGGGGGGCUCUAAUUCACAGCUACAUCUUCUAAGAGUACUUGCUGCUUAUUUGAGUAAACUUAGUCGAGCAGAUCGUUAGAGAAAGCUAUUUACCUUUGAGACCAUGUACUGUGUUCCAUGCUUGUUACUGGCAUUUAUUUGAAAUAUUAUCUCUUGCUCUGUUGCAUAGCAAUUAAAGGAGAGCACUAGUUUUACUAGAUUUUUUUUUUCUAUGAUUUGGGUAUGUUUUAGUGGCUUGUAAGGCAAGGUAAUUAUUUUGUGCUAAAACAUAGCGUUAUUAGCCUGUCUGUUGAAGUCUUGUAUAUUAAUAAUACGAGUGGUUGCUAAUUGAGUAAUUGUUCAUAUAAAUUGAAUUAUUUAUUGUUUGUCGUCUUGCUUUAUGCUUUUAGCACCUUUCUGUAGUAUUUCGUUUAGUUUAUCUAAUGGAUAUAAAUAACUGACCUUAACCUAUCUUAUAAGAACUGCUUUGACUUUGUCGUUUCCUUGCAUUUCAGAUCAAAUGGGGAGCCUGUGGUCUGGUGCUGGCUGGCAAUGCAGUCAUUUUCCUUACUAUUUUAGGCUUUUUUCUUGUGUUUGGUAGAGGAGAUGACUUUAGCUGGGAACAGUGGU